AUGACUUCACCAGCUAGAUCCAAUCUACCGAGUUGGCAGAAACUCGUCAACAAGCGAAACGAACAACUUUCUUCCUCGCCCACACCAGUACAAAGAGACGAACCACUGCUGGAGCAUGAAGAGGUGUCACCCAAGGAACUGGAACUCCACAAAGAAUACUGCCCCUUGUUCAAGAGAAAAUCAGUUAUCGAAUACAAACCGGAUGAAGAUGACUUUGCUGCCCGAAUAUAUGGACUUCACGACAACCGAGAGGCAGAACGAAGGCACUCUUCCACUCGCAAUUUGGACUUGAACCUUAGCAGCUCGGAAGUUGCCAGCGUAUAUCACUUUGAUGAAUUGAUCCGCGAGUAA